AUGAAGCGAAACCGGAUCCCAUUCCAUCGAAUUCUCAGCCAAUUCCAUCGAAUUCUUCAUCCAUUCCAUCGAAUUCUCAACCCAUUCCAUCGAAUUCUUCACCCAUUCCAUCGAAUUCUCCAUCUUCUCCUCGGCAAUCUGUGCACUCUGAAAUAUUGUUCCAAUUGUGGCAUCUUUGUGCCGCCUCGUGCCUACCAUUGUCGAUUCUGUGGCGUAUGCAUUCGGAACUUCGAUCAUCACUGCCCCUGGGUGUCGAACUGCGUGGGGAUUCGCAACCACAAAUUCUUUUUAUGGUUUCUCGUAGCGAUUUUCGAUCGAAUUCAUCGAAGCUUCUCAGCGAAUUGGCAUGUGUCCUCGGUGUGGUCGUUAUGCUCGUGGUGCUCGGGAAAGCGGCCUAUGAAUACAUUCAGAACGGUGGAACCGGAGAAACCGGCGGAUCGAACGAGAUGCAGCUCAUUGUUGAUUACAUUUCCCAGUUCUGGUCUGAGAUGA